CUCGGAGGUAAAGAGGAUAUAGGAUAUAGUCGUCUGUUCCUCCGUGUUCCGCUUUAAAUCAAGUCUCGCCCCUCUUCAUACCUUCUCUUCCUAUACAUCAUACCACCGCAGUUGCUCCUUCAUCAACCCACUUCUAUAAAUCGCAUCAGCCUGAUCUAUUUCUCUAGCUCACCGCUAAAAUGGUUCAGAAUAAAGGCCUCAUCUUUAAGAACGUCCCCAAUGGCUGGCCGAAGCCGGGCCAUGACCUCACGGUUGAAGCCCGCGAGUUCGACCUCGACCAGUCCCCUCCAGAGGGAGGACUUGUCUUGAAGAACAACUAUCUCUCCUUCGACCCCUAUCAACGCGGCCGCAUGCGCGCCCCGGGAGUAAAGUCUUACUCGCCGCCCUUCACGCUGGGCCAGCCCAUUACAAACCGCGGCAUCUCCACCGUUAUCGCAAGCUCUACGCGCGACUUCAAGAAAGGCGACGUUGUCGUCGGACAAGCGAUCAUCCCGACGGAAGAAUACACCGUACUCAGCGCCGAACACACCAAACUAGUGAAGAAGCUCGACAACCCGCUCGGCCUUGACCCCAAGAUCUUUCUCGGUGCCCUCGGUAUGCCCGGUCUUACCGCCUGGUCCUCCUUCUACGCGAUCGGCGAGCCGAAGAAGGGAGAAACCAUCUUCGUAAGCGCAGCCAGCGGCGCAGUGGGCCAGCUCGUCGGCCAACUCGCCAAACACGAGGGCCUCAAGGUCUACGGCAGCGUCGGUAAUGAUGAGAAGCUGAAGUACAUCCUAGAAGAGCUCGGGUUCGACGGCGGCUUCAACUACAAGAAAGAAGCACCCGGCGAUGCGCUGACGAGGCUGGCGCCCGACGGGAUUGACAUCUACUACGAGAACGUGGGCGGCGUGCAACUAGAGGCCGCGCUUAACGCUUUGAAGCCGUUUGGCCGCAUCAUCGCAUGCGGUAUGAUUAGCCAGUACAACCUGCCGCCGACGGAGUGGUAUGGGAUCAAGAAUAUCAUGCUGGUGGUGGCGAAGCGGAUUAAGUUCCAGGGGUUCAUUGUCGGGGAUGAGAAUAUGGGGCCGAAGUACGCCAAGGAGCAUCAGGAGAAGCUGCAGCAGUGGAUCAAGGAUGGGACCUUCAAGGCGAAGUUCAGUGAUACGGUGGGCAUUGAUAAUGCGAUUGAUGGGUUUAUUGGGAUGUUGGAAGGGAAAAACUUUGGCAAGGCGGUUAUGGUGAUUUCGGAGUUGGAUUAAAGGACUGGGAAGGCUGAGAGCUUCGUUUUUUGGAGCCUGAGGCUUCAAGUAUCAAGCGUCGUGUAGCUAUCCCUAGGUGUUUUGAAGCUGUAUAUAGCGGCCUACUGCCGUCUUCCUAGCCUCAACACACUUGAAAGAAGUGUGCAAAUGACAUAAUGGACCGU